UUUUUACAUGUUCUCUUUUGGUGGAGAAAAUCUCAUCACUCAGUUUUACUGACCUAUUGAUAUUACAGCUUAUGUAACCAUAUAUGUUUUAACUUGAAAAUAGCAGUGACAGAGUCAAAAACAAUACCAAAUUUUGUCCAAGAAACUUUGGUUAGAAAUAAAGGAGGUAGACGAUGUAUUUUAGGAAAAUGGUUAAAAUAUGCAAUUUUUGUGCUGAUGGAGUGAGCUUUACUGAUGUAGACACUUUAUUAUCCCAGUGAUGCCACCUGAAAAGACAUUACAGCAAAGCACAUAGUCUCUUUCAGAAGAGUUUCAAAUUCAGUUACAUACAGAAUUCUGAUCCUAUAUAAACUCUUAGGUUGGGUUUAUUUUUGUGAAAAUAGUAAGAAUAGAUUACAUAAUAAAUAAGUGUUAUAAUUUUUGACAUACUGUUGCAGACUUUAAAUCACGCAUAGUCGGAGACACUUUAAACAAGAUAGUCUAAGCAUUGUUUGGAGGGAUGAACUGAUGUAAAAUUGCUGUUUCACUUGUAUUAUAUUUGUUUUCACUCUCAGUUGUUCUGGAUUCUCUAGGAACAGGUAUCCUAUAAUAUUCCAAUAGAUGAGAAGCUGUACACUGUGCACCUAAAGCCAAGAUAUUUUUUAGCAGAUAAUUUCAUGGUUUAUUUGUAUAAACAAGAAUCUGUGAGUUCUUAUUCUCCAAAUAUUCAGACUCACUGCUACUACCAAGGGUACAUAGAAGGAUAUCCGAAUUCUGUUGUUUCACUCAGCGUGUGCUCUGGACUGAGAGGAAUACUGCAAUUUGAAAAUGUUUCUUAUAGAAUUAGACCUCUGGAACCUACAGGUGGAUUUCAGCAUCUUCUUUAUAAAUUGAGGAAUGAAAAUAAUGAGUCUGCAGUUCAUCCUGAAAAUAAUUGCAGCCUAGAACAAAGCCCUAUGGGCGAUGGCAUUUUUAUAAGCGAAAAAUCAGAAUCAGCUACUCAAAAUUUAAUUCCUCUUUAUCUAGAAAUGCAUAUUGUGGUGGACAAAGUUUUGUAUGAUUACUUGGGCUCUGAUAGCAUGAAAGUAACAAAUAAAAUCAUCGAAAUUAUUGGCCUUGUAAAUUCGAUGUUUGCCCAACUUAAACUUACUGUUGUACUGACAUCAUUGGAAUUGUGGUCAGAUAAAAAUAAGAUUUCUACAGUUGGUGAGGCAGAUGAAUUAUUGCAUAGAUUUUCAGAAUGGAAAAAGUCCUAUCUUACCCUACGGCCUCAUGAUAUUGCAUAUUUAUUCAUCUCUAGAGAUCAUCAAGAGUACGUGGGAGCAACAUUUCCUGGCAAGAUGUGUGUUGCCCAUUAUUCUGCAGGAAUUGUUUUGUAUCACAAGGAGAUAACGCUGGAGGCAUUUUCAGUCAUUGUCACCCAGAUGCUGGGACACAGCCUGGGAAUAUCAUAUGAUGACCCAAAGAGAUGUGAAUGCUCAGGAGCCAUCUGUAUCAUGAAUCCAGAGGCUAUGAAAUUCAGUGGUGUGAAAACUUUUAGCAGUUGCAGUUUGAGUGACUUUGAAAUUUUCAUUUCUAAUAUGGGUGGUAAAUGUCUUCAGAAUAAGCCACAAAUGCAAAGGCCUCCAGCAUCAAUCUGCGGCAACCGCAAAGUGGAAGGAAAUGAAACAUGUGACUGUGGUACUGAGGAACAAUGUGGACCUGAUAGCUGUUGUAAUCCUAGAACUUGUGAGCUAAAACCAGGAGCACAGUGUGAUACAGGAUCAUGCUGCAAGAAUUGUCAAAUUGAAAGAGCAGGUGUUGAAUGCAGGCCCAUAAAGCAUGUUGAAUGUGAUGUUCCUGAGGUUUGUAAUGGAACCUCACCACUCUGUCAACCUGACAUAACUAUACACAAUGGACAUAUAUGUAAAAAUGAAUUUAUGUGUUUUGAUGGAGACUGUCAUGAUCUUGAUGCACGUUGUGAGGCCACAUUUGGAAAAGGUUCAAAAAAUGCUCCAGUUGCAUGCUAUGAAGAAAUGCACUCUCAAGCAGAUAAGUUUGGGAAUUGUGGUGAAGAAAGAGGCAAAUAUAAAUUCUGUGCAUGGAGGAAUCUUUUAUGUGGAAGAUUAAUUUGUACCUAUCCUUUUGAAACUCCUUUACAUCAAGAAAACGGUACUGUGAUUUAUGCUUAUGUGCGAAAUACUCGAUGUAUAACUGCAGACUACAGAUUGCCUGAUUCAAGCGAAGAUCCAUUGGUGAUCCGCAGUGGCUCUCGUUGUGACACAGGGAGGAUUUGUAUAAAUGGUGUAUGUGAGGAAGCAAGUGGACUUCAGAGUCAAGCAUCGAGAUGUUCACUAAAGUGCCAUGGACAUGGGGUGUGCAAAUCGAAUACGGAGUGCCAUUGUACUGGGGGCUACCUGCCUCCACAUUGCAAACAUCGUAGCAGAGAAGUUUCUAGAUUGUCCAAGAAGCAAGGUUUAAUCAUAGAAAAAGCUUUGGGGAAGACUGAGAAGAACUGGAGGCUUCUAUGUCUCUCCACUGCUUUACAUGCUCUCCUAGUAGCAGCCGUAGUAACCAUAAUAGCUGUUUUAUGAAACAUUUUGAAAAAGUGACUCACCAAGGAAGAGGACUCACCAAGUAUCCAAUCCGAAUAAAAGGAAAGCACCCGAACACAUGACAGUAGGCAAUAACUAGUAACUGCUUGAGAAGGCAAUGGAUAUCACGGAGGGUCCCGCUGAGGAAUGACAAUUCUGCCCUUGGUCACAGCCGAAGAAACAAUAAACCAACUGUGGAGCAAUUUGCAUGUGUGUCUGUUUUUCUGUCUUCCUCCACCCAUGAGCUGCUGUUCUGCCACUUUAGGCUCCUAACGAACGGCCCUCUCAACUCACGCAUCUCCAUCCCCACCCAGCUCCCUGAGCUCUUCUCUGCAGCUCUGCCACCACCCGCUCAGGUUUACUGCCUGGGCCCACAUGCUUCCAUCAACUGCCCUUAGGAUGGGAUUUGGGUGGUGGCCCCCUGUUCCUCCUCCUGGUCCUUCUCGCUGGACCUAGCUGAGUGCAUGCAGAUCUUAGCUAGUACAGAUAUUUACCUACCCCUUCCCACAGCUCUGACCCAGUUUUCAGAGGGAGGCUGUAUUUGCUCUGGGGACUUGCUCUAUUUGGGGGCUCCACUUGACCACCUAGGACUCUGCUUCACCUACUGUCUUUCUCUUCCCCUUAGCCAGGUGACCUGCAGGGUGAAUCCCAGAAGACAGAAGGACCCAGAGAACUUGGGUUUGGGUCUCAGGAAGAAAGAUUAAUCUCUUAUCAGAUUUUGGUAUGAGGAUUGAUAAACUGAGUUAGGAAAAGGUCACCUUAUAGUUUCUGAGAGUUUGUAUAAAACUGUUUAGUUUUUCAAUUAAAUAUUUGAAUUUAAGAUUCACUAAUGAAGCAGCAGUUCUCUUUGUGGGAAGAUUUUGAAUUAUUGAUUCAAUUUAACAGGGGACUAUUUAGAUUUUCCAUUUAUUCUUGCGAAUAGUUCUUUCAAGUAUUGUAAUCUUAGAGGAGUUUAUCCAUUUCAUUUAAUGGUCAAUCUUUUGGCAUGAAGUUGGGCUUAAUACCUAUUUUUAUGUCUGUGAGAUCUGUAGUUAUGUCCUCUCUUUGAAUCCAGAUCAUGGUGGUACUCCCCUGUCUCUGAUCAGUCUGGAUAAGAGUUUUUCCAUUUAACCUACUCAUCUCUUCAGACCACAUCUUGGCUUUUUCAUUGUUUUCUGCCUUAUUGUUUUGUUCUUUUCCUAGCUUCUUGAGGCAAAAGUUUUAGAUCAUUGAUUGUAAACAUUUUCUAACUUGUUUAAAAAUAUAAAAUUGCUCUAUAUACUUCUUUGGCUUAUUUCAUGAAUUUGACGUUUUGUUUUCAUUAUUCUUUUUAAAAAUGUUGAUCUUUGUAUUAUGGGCUACUUAGAAGUGAGUUGUUUAAUUUCCAAAUAUUUGUAUACUUUCAGUUUAAUUUUAUUGGUUUCUAGUUAAUUCAGCCAUGGUCCGAGAAUGUACUUACAUGAUUUUAUUUCUUUGGAUUUAUUGUGUUUUGCUUAGAUCCAGCCUGUGGUCUAUUUUGUUCAAUGUUCCAUGUGAACUAAAAACAUGUGCAUUUUGUAUUUGUUGUAUAUGUAAAUGUCAAUUAAGCUUGUUAAUAAUGUUUUAAAAAUCUUCUUAAUGGUUUUUCCCCUGUUCUGUCAUUUCCUAAGAGAGGUGUGUUAAAGUUGCCAGUUAUUAUUGUUGAUAUGUUGUUUGUUUUAGGCAUAUUAUUUGUAUUUUCAUGUAUUAUAAAAUUAUAUCUUAGUGCACUUAGGACUGUUGUUUUCCUGAUGAACUGACCCUUUAUCAUCAUAUAAUUCUCCUUUUUAUCUCUAGUAAUACUCUAAGUCUUAGUCUUACUUUUUAUGAUAUUAAUAUAACCAUACCAGCUUUUUUACAGUUUCCCUUUGCAUGGGGGUAUUUUUUAAAAAUCAUUUUACUUCCAAUAUAUCUUUCCUUAUAAUUUAUGAUGCAUCUGAUGUUAACAGCAUACAGCUGUGUCUUGUACUUUUUAAAAAUCCAGUUGGGCAAUGUUUUUAUCUUUUUUUUAAAUUGAAGUAUAGUUACAUACAAUAUUAUAUUAGUUUCAGGUAUACAACACAGUGAUUAGACAAUUAGUAAGUCCUUACAUAUCAAUAAUUACUCUUAAUAAAUGGAUUGAUUCUGUAAUCAAGAAGACACAGAGUGCCUGAAUGGAUAAAAAAAAAAAAGAACCACUUAAAUGCUGCCUUUAAGAUUCACUUCAGGCUUAUGGACACACAUAAGUUCAAAAUUAAGGGAUAGAAAAAGAUAUUCCAUGCAAGUGGAAACCAAAAUGUAUCAGGGAUAGCUAUACCCAUAUUAGGCAAAAUAGACUUAAAGCCAAAAAUGGUAAUAAGAGACAAAGAAGGUCAUUUUAUAAUGAUAAAGGGAUCAACUCAUCAAGAAGAUAUAAAAUGUAAAUAUGUACGCACCAAACACUGGAGCACCUAAAUAUGUUAAACAAAUACUAACAGAUAUGAAGUAAGAAAUAGACAAUAAUGCAAUGAUA